AUGGGGAAAAAAAUAGACAACGGAACUAUUCCCCUUUCGUCUAUCAAAGACUCUCCGCAGUUCCACCAGCACCAACAUCAUCUUCACACUCCAACCCUCCACCCCCAAACCAAAACCCACCAUGACAACCCCCUCGCAAGACCAAAUCAAAGUCCUCGAACAAUCCCGGCAGCGACUCGCCCACCUAACGCGAUCGUUGGCCUCGCUCAUCAGCAGCCUAAACCAAAGCGACCCGCUCCCGACCUGGUACUCCUCGUCACCCCCAACCCUCCAAACGCACCCCCGCAACUAACCCGCACCGCACGCAGGUCCUCCCUCCAAUCGCAAGCAAGCAUCAUCUCCAACAACCUCGUCAGCGUGUCCGAGCACCUCUCGGAAAAUCGUGACCUGCUCACCUCGCUCGUCGCCUUCCCGGGCCCCGACUACCCGGGCCGCACGCAGGCCAACACGCUCGAGCAGCUGCUGCGCACGAAGCUCGACCCGCGCGUCGACGACUGGGUCGCGCGCGGCCGCAAAGCCGGCACCGCGGCGCUGGCGGACCGCGACGCGCUGUCCGAGCACGACCUCGCCGCGCUGUGGGACUGGGCCCCCGUCGCGGCGAACGAGGAGGCGCGCCGCCGCAACUGGGGCGGGAACUAUACGCUCGAGGAGAAGGAGCUGGGCGUUCAGAAUGUGGUUACGGGGUUGCGGCGGCAGCUGGAGGAUGAGGACGAGGAGGACGAGGGAGAGGAGGAGGAGGAGGGGCAAGGAGACGAGGAGAUGGAGGUUGUUGGGGUGAGGAAGUCCGGGGCCGGCGGUGCGCUGGAGUUUGACAUUGCCGCCGCUACGGCGCAUCAGCAGGUGGCGCAGCCGGUUGUGCCGUUGGAUGAGAUCCUGAGGUAUAUGACUACGGGGGUGCCGCCGGGACAGCGGUGA